AUGACAAAACCUUACAUGGAAAAUGAGCAAAAGAUAUAUAGAUCUUUAACAACAAGAUGUAUCUUGGACCGUCACGACGCUACGAUCAGGAUUACUCCAUUGGUGGAUCUAGUCGAUAAGCUCAGUAAAGAAGUGGAAGAUUCACCGAGGAAAGUCAUCUUAGAUCUUCAGCAUCUUCUUGAGAAGGAUGUUUCUCUUGCCGAUGCUUAUGCAGAGCUCAAACGCAGAAAAUCACUCAAAAAGUACAGAGUGGAUUUUUCAAUUCUCAACGACCAAUUAAGUUAAGGUGAGUAGAUUUCGAUUAGCAAAGCCAGUGGUAGUUUUUGUUUUCUUUUCACGGAAGCGGUAGUUAAGUAUCAAUUUG